AUGACCAUCCCAUGUCUGCCAGCGUGUCGACUGACAAUGCUCCUUUUCCAGACGGCCGUCUUCAAGAACCAGAUCGACUGGAUACCCCUCUCGACCGGAUCUGUGCGCCCGACUCAGGGCCGAACUCUCGCCAUAGCACAGGUGAAUGGCGGAUCGCAGUCCUUCAACACGGUUAAUUCGUUACGCAUACUCGGUCGAUGGAUGCGUAUGUUUGUGAUCCCGAACCAAAGUUCUAUACCCAUGGCAUACAAGCAGUUCACCGAGGAGGACGCUGGAAGCAGGCUCAUGCCUAGUGGUAACAGGGAUCGUCUUGUUGAUUGCAUGGAGGAGUUUGUCAAAUACACCAUCGUCACGCGUCCGCACUUUGACCUUUUCGGCGACCGGUAUAGCGAGAGAGAAGAGAAACGGGCGAAGCAAGCAAAAGAAGUGAACAAGCCUGCCCCAGACACCCAGCAUGCAGCGUUGUCGACCAGCGCGGGCCCUUCGAAUUGA